CCCUUCUUUUAGUUUUUUGGGUUUGUUUCUUCUUUUCUUCUCACAAAUGGCUCCUAGUUUUAAAAAUGGUGGCUCCAACGUAGUUUCAUUUGAUGGCUUAAAUGACAUGUCGUCACCGUUUGCAAUCGACGGAUCGGAUUUCACUGUGAACGGUCAUUCGUUUCUGUCCGAUGUUCCUGAGAACAUUGUUGCUUCUCCUUCUCCGUACACUUCGAUAGACAAGUCCCCGGUUUCGGUUGGUUGCUUUGUUGGAUUCGACGCGUCGGAACCUGAUAGCCGACAUGUUGUUUCGAUUGGGAAGCUGAAGGAUAUUCGGUUUAUGAGUAUUUUCAGGUUUAAGGUUUGGUGGACUACACACUGGGUUGGUCGAAAUGGUGGGGAUCUUGAAUCGGAGACUCAGAUUGUGAUCCUUGAGAAGUCAGAUUCUGGUCGACCGUAUGUUCUCCUUCUUCCGAUCGUUGAGGGACCGUUCCGAACCUCGAUUCAGCCUGGGGAUGAUGACUUUGUCGAUGUUUGUGUCGAGAGUGGUUCGUCGAAAGUUGUUGAUGCAUCGUUCCGAAGUAUGUUGUAUCUUCAUGCUGGUGAUGAUCCGUUUGCACUUGUUAAAGAGGCGAUGAAGAUCGUGAGGACCCAUCUUGGAACUUUUCGCUUGUUGGAGGAGAAGACUCCACCAGGUAUCGUGGACAAAUUCGGUUGGUGCACGUGGGACGCGUUUUACCUAACGGUUCAUCCACAGGGCGUAAUAGAAGGCGUGAGGCAUCUCGUCGACGGCGGUUGUCCUCCCGGUUUAGUCCUAAUCGACGAUGGUUGGCAAUCCAUCGGACACGAUUCGGAUCCCAUCACCAAAGAAGGAAUGAACCAAACCGUCGCCGGCGAGCAAAUGCCCUGCCGUCUUUUGAAAUUCCAAGAGAAUUACAAAUUCCGUGACUACGUCAAUCCCAAGGCCACCGGCCCCCGAGCCGGCCAGAAGGGGAUGAAGGCGUUUAUAGAUGAACUCAAAGGAGAGUUUAAGACUGUGGAGCAUGUUUAUGUUUGGCAUGCUUUGUGUGGAUAUUGGGGUGGCCUUCGCCCGCAGGUGCCUGGCUUGCCUGAGGCACGUGUGAUUCAGCCAGUGCUUUCACCAGGGCUGCAGAUGACGAUGGAGGAUUUGGCGGUGGAUAAGAUUGUUCUUCAUAAGGUCGGGCUGGUCCCGCCGGAGAAGGCUGAGGAGAUGUACGAAGGACUUCAUGCUCAUUUGGAAAAAGUUGGGAUCGACGGUGUUAAGAUUGACGUUAUCCACCUAUUGGAGAUGUUGUGUGAAGACUAUGGAGGGAGAGUGGAUUUGGCAAAGGCAUAUUACAAAGCAAUGACCAAAUCAAUAAAUAAACAUUUUAAAGGAAAUGGAGUCAUUGCAAGUAUGGAACAUUGUAACGACUUCAUGUUCCUUGGCACGGAAGCUAUCUCUCUUGGUCGUGUUGGUGAUGACUUUUGGUGCACGGACCCCUCUGGUGAUCCAAACGGUACGUUUUGGCUCCAAGGAUGUCACAUGGUUCAUUGUGCCUACAACAGCUUGUGGAUGGGGAACUUCAUCCACCCUGACUGGGAUAUGUUCCAAUCCACCCACCCUUGUGCCGCCUUCCAUGCUGCCUCUCGAGCCAUCUCUGGUGGCCCGAUCUAUGUUAGUGAUUCUGUGGGAAAGCAUAACUUUGAUCUUCUGAAAAAACUAGUGCUUCCUGAUGGAUCGAUCCUUCGAAGUGAGUACUAUGCACUCCCGACUCGCGAUUGUUUGUUUGAAGACCCUUUGCAUAAUGGAGAAACUAUGCUUAAGAUUUGGAAUCUCAACAAGUUCACUGGAGUGAUUGGUGCAUUCAACUGCCAAGGAGGAGGAUGGUGUCGUGAGACACGCCGCAACCAAUGCUUUUCACAAUACUCAAAACGAGUGACAUCCAAAACUAACCCAAAAGACAUAGAAUGGCACAGUGGAGAAAACCCUAUCUCUAUUGAAGGCGUUAAAACCUUUGCGCUUUACCUCUAUCAAGCCAAAAAACUUAUCCUCUCCAAGCCCUCUCAAGAUCUUGACAUAGCUCUUGACCCAUUCGAAUUCGAGCUCAUCACUGUUUCACCAGUGACCAAACUCAUCCAAACUUCUCUACACUUUGCCCCAAUUGGGCUGGUGAACAUGCUUAACACUAGUGGAGCCAUCCAAUCUGUGGACUAUGACGAUGACCUAAGCUCAGUCGAGAUUGGUGUCAAAGGGUGUGGUGAGAUGCGAGUAUUUGCAUCGAAAAAACCAAGGGCUUGUCGUAUUGAUGGGGAGGAUGUUGGGUUCAAGUAUGAUCAGGACCAAAUGGUGGUGGUUCAAGUGCCAUGGCCAAUUGAUUCUUCAUCGGGUGGCAUUUCGGUUAUCGAGUACUUGUUUUAAUUUUUAUUUAUGUAGAGCUCAAUGAUUGUUGUUGUUGUCGCUGUUGUUGCUAUCAAUGUAUUUCUCUCCAAAAGAAAAUUAUGUGUAAUUUGGAGAGUAAUUAAGUGAGUGAAAUUUUAAAUAAGACUACUUUUAAUUAUUUAUCAA